CGCACGCGCACCUCCGGCGCAGAGGGAGGGGCGGCACAAGCUCACGCGACUUGCACUCUUCCUGGGCUCAGACCUAGAGCCCGGAGACGGGAGGUGGGGGAGGGGAAAGGAGACCGAAGCCCCUCCCCCAUCUCGCACAACCCGGGAGGAGGGGCUCUGUAUAUCGCGUCAUCCAGAGGAGGCCGAUGGUGGCUGCGCAGCAGCACGAAACCGGACCCAGGAGUGACCUUGUGUUCCUGCCAUGCUGCCCAACUGCUUUCAAGAGGUGAUGAAAGUGACCCGCUGUGGCCUGCUGCGCUCCUGGGUACCACCGUGGUUAGUUAGCUGGAAGCCAAGGCAUCUGUGUACUGUGCCGCGAAGCAAAUGGCGAAGGCGAGUUGUGAUCACUGGGAUUGGCCUGGUGACUCCUCUAGGGGUGGGAACUCAGUUGGUGUGGGAUCGCCUCAUCCAGGGACAAUCUGGCAUUGCUCCCCUACAGGCUGAAAAAUUUAAGAAUAUCCCUUGCAAAGUUGCUGCCUAUGUGCCCAAAGGGGCUGCUGAAGGUCAGUUUAAUGAAGAAAAUUUUGUGUCCAGAUCAGAGGCCAAAUCCAUGUCCUUUCCCACCAUCUUGGCCAUUGGAGCGGCAGAGCUCGCCAUCAGAGAUUCUGGGUGGCUUCCUCAAUCAGAAGCUGAAGAAAGGAAUGCUGGGGUCGCUAUUGGUAUGGGAAUGGUUCCUCUGGAAGUGAUUUCUGAGGCAGCCGUGCUGUUUGAGACCAAAGGAUACAACAAAGUCAGCCCCUUCUUUGUCCCAAAGAUCUUGGUUAACAUGGCGGCGGGUCAAGUCAGCAUCCGUUACAAACUGAAGGGACCCAAUCACGCUGUGUCAACAGCCUGCACCACGGGAGCCCAUGCUGUGGGAGAUUCUUUUCGAUUUAUAGCACAUGGUGAUGCAAAUAUAAUGGUGGCUGGAGGCACCGAUGCUUGCAUCAGCUCCUUGUCUCUGGCUGGAUUUUCCAGAGCUCGGGCUCUGAGCACAAACUCUGAUCCCAAGCUGGCAUGUCGCCCGUUCCAUCCAAAUAGAGAUGGCUUUGUCAUGGGAGAGGGAGCCGCUGUCCUGGUGCUGGAAGAAUACGAACAUGCUGUGCAGAGAGGAGCCAGGAUCUAUGCGGAAAUUCUGGGCUAUGGACUUUCAGGGGAUGCUGGCCACAUAACAGCACCUGAUCCAGAAGGAGAAGGGGCAGUAAGAUGUAUGUCUGCUGCGAUCAAAGACGCAGGGAUCGCUCCCAAAGACGUGUCCUACAUCAACGCCCAUGCGACUUCCACACCUCUAGGAGAUUCCGCGGAGAACAAAGCCAUCAAACAGCUUUUUAAAGAGCACGCUCAUUCCCUUGCAGUGUCUUCCACCAAGGGAGCCACAGGACAUCUGUUAGGAGCAGCCGGAGCAGUGGAAGCUGCUUUUACUGCCCUGGCUUGUUACCAUCGAACGCUGCCACCCACUCUCAAUUUGGACUGCUUAGAACCCGAGUUUGACCUCAAUUAUGUUCCACUGACAGCCCAGGAAUGGAAAGUGGCAGAUAAACGCAUUGGUCUGAGCAACUCCUUUGGGUUUGGAGGAACGAACGCAACCCUGUGUAUUUGUGGCAUAUAGCACGUGUACUUUGUGUGUACAUGAACACUGAUGUUUGCAUGGCACCAAUGAGGAUCAGACAGAUAAAGAAAUAUAUAAGUAGAUUAA